UCAGGUUACUGCUGUGACCGACUCCCGUCAAGUUUCAACUCCUCACUUCACUCAAAGUCUACUAGUACACUACUCCAUCGCUUACUGCAAUGAACGCUCAGAGUGGAGACCUCAGCUUAGAUUUAUUGAUGAGGAGAUCUCAGGAUGCUGCUACCUUCCUUCCUGAUGAACUCUCUUACCUCGUAGAAGCUUUCGCGCCUUCUCAGCUAGAAUCAUCGCGCUCGAAAGCGUAUCUCGUGCUCUCUGCGUUCUGUCAAGGAACGCGGUCGCAAAACCCUCAGGAGUCUGGAUCCAAAAACUCUGCCACGGAGAUCCUGGAGAAAGUUUUCCAGCAUCUUAUCAUCUCCCGUAUUUCCAAUCAUCAAGAACAGGAUGCUAUAGUUAUUGGACUCUCUUUCUUCUCUGCGUUAUUCCACGUCGACUGGCAGUCCGCUUCUCGUGUUUUCGUGCAAGAUGGCGUGGUCGAAUAUGUGACGGAUGCCCUUGAUUUAUUUCCAUCAUCAGCUUCAGUUGCUUUAGAGGUUGCUCGUAUGAUCGGCCAGGCUAGUGGCCACAAGGCAUGCCGGGCUCUGAUACCCGAGGAAAUCAUCACUUGGCUUCGGAACAAGUCACGUCAGGCUACCGACAAGAACUUGCGCGCAGCAGCAGCUAUCGCCCUCGUAAAAUUAUCUCGAGGAGCGGCAACGGAUGCCUCAGAAGGCGCAGAUGCGUCCCAGGCAGCGCAAUCUACCUCCAAGGAUAUGGAGCUAGCCAAUUUGCUGAAAGGAAUGGUCAUCAGUGACAAGGACUCUCUAUCCUCCCUCAACGAUGUCGUUGAAGGCCUUGCAUACCUCAGUGUUGACCCAGACGUCAAACAUGCUCUGGCGAAUGAUCCCAAGUUUUUGCAGCAGCUCUUUACACUUGUUCCUAGACGUAAACCACUGCCAACAUCUACCAGUAAUUCUAGCCUCCUCUUUGGCAUCCUUCUCAUCAUAUCCAAUCUCUGUGCCUACCGUCCUCGCUUCAGCCAGGAGGACGCGCAAGUUGCCAAGCUGAAACGCAUGGCUAAAGCUGGAAAUGGAUCUAACAAAACGAUGUCCGAGGAACCGCUGAACGCAUUGGAAGAUGAUGUUACAGUUAGGUCCAGAUGUCGUCAAGUUCUUGCAAGUGGCGCCCUUGAUGUCUUGUCUGUGGCUUCUGGUGUAGAGAGCCAAGGCAUCAGGCUUGCAUUGAGCAAAAUCUACCUAAGCAUCGUGGAGGACAAAGAUAACAGAGGCAAGGUCCUCCAGAGUGGAGGUGCACGAAGUCUUUCUCGUGUUAUACAGUCCUCGUACUCCACAUCGUCAUCCACACCAAUUGAUACCUCCCUUCUUCCUGCGAUCCAAGCUUUAGCGAAGUUGACUAUCACGUCUUCUCCCCUUCAAGUCUUCGGGCCCAAUGAUGGCGCUAUGCUUGAUGCAAUACGGCCCCUGUCACAACUACUGCUCCAUUCAUCUUCAAACCUCCUACAACAAUUCGAAGCCAUAAUGGCCUUGACAAAUAUUGCUUCACAGAGCACAGGGUGUGCCGAUCGCAUCUUCAGCACCCCUCACCUUCUCAACAAAGUUGAGCUUCUCAUGCUUGAGGACCAUACGCUCAUCCGUCGGGCAGCCACCGAGCUGAUAUGUAAUCUUAUUGGAGGUUCGGAGGCGGCGUUUUCCAGGUAUGGUGGUUCUCCGGAUGUUCAUGCAACGAAGUCCAAGUUACAAGUACUUCUUGCGAUGUCGGACAUGGAUGACCUUCCAACGAGACUCGCUGCGUCGGGUGCUUUGGCAACUGUGACCAGCGCAUCUACUGCUUGUCAGGCAGUAUUUGAGCUUCAGUUGGAUCGUCACCGAGCGUUUUCAAUUAUUGCACGUCUUAUUGACCCAUCUGUUACUCUGGAGGACGACGACCCUAAUGACGGCGAAGCAGCCGGAAAUACAGGGCUUGCGCACCGUGGAGUGGUAUGUCUUCGUCAUAUUCUGGAUCCUCAGUGUGCCCUCCCUCGUAUAUCGCUCGCAGAGGAAGUAGAGAAGGCUAGUCUGGUGAACGUCAUGACUAGGUUGUUGAAAGGCGAACUUGGACCAUUUGACACUGCUGUAACUACUCCUGCUACUGAAGUCUUGAAGCAUCUGAUUGAGCUUAGAAAACCAGCUAACAGCUAGUACGCUGUCUAGUAAUAAACCGAGUUGCUUUUUGUACUGAUAAACAUAUGUGAAUUGAUAAGUAAUGAGGUAAAAUAUAGAUUUUAUGGAGGCGGUGCCGGUUGUCCG